AUGUACUUCUCUGUUCAGCCAUUACUUGGGCCGACGCGUGUUGAAUGUUUUCGCGCGACAUCUCCAGCUUGUUUGUUUACUUUGAUUCCUCAUUCCUUUCUCCCACAAAAACUUUUUUUUCAAAUAGAUUUAUCAGAUCUUGUUCCUAGUUCUUUUUUUUGUGGAAGUUAUAUAGAAAAGUUUGAUAACAUGGCAUCUGCAAUAGCAUUGGAAUCUCCAGAUACAGUAUUACUUGAUGCAUCCCUCAAGAGAAAGGUUGAUGAAGUUACUGAAGAUACCCCAACAACAACAGAGUCAGUAGAAGCAACAGAAAGUGAUACAAAUAAGAGAUCCAAACUUGCAAUUUCAUUAGAUUGGCUACCACCAUCCGUGACCAAUAUUGAAGAUCCAUUCAAAUUUGCAAGUUCUACUUAUCAUUCAGAAAUUCCUCAAAGUAUUCUACAAAACAAGACUGAACCAAUUGUACUUGGUGUUGACGAAGCUGGGAGAGGACCAGUAUUGGGUCCCAUGGUGUAUGGGAUUGCAUAUUCUCUAGAAUCAUUUCUGUCCAAACUUCAAAAAGAAUAUGGCUUUGCUGAUUCCAAAGUAUUGACAGAUGUGAAAAGAGAAGAAUUAUUCAAGCAAAUUGAGGAUCCAGAUCAUGAAUUGCAUAAACACAUUGGAUGGGCUACCACAACGAUGACCGCUAGAGACAUUUCUAGUGGUAUGUUACAGUCAGUAAAUGGUAAAGGAGCUUACAAUUUGAAUGAACAAGCACAUGAUACUACUAUUAACUUGAUCAAACAAGUAUUAGCUAAAGGUGUAAAGAUAUCGAAAAUAUUUGUCGAUACUGUGGGUCCGCCAGUAACGUAUCAAGCCAAACUAAAAAGAUUCUUCCCAGAAAUUGAUGUCACAGUAACGAAAAAAGCCGAUAGCAUUUACCCAAUAGUGAGUACAGCCUCUGUUGUUGCUAAAGUCACAAGAGAUACAAACAUAAAGUUCUAUAAUGAAAACUUGCCACUUUUACAAGGCCAAAAAUUGGGUUCAGGUUAUCCCAGUGACCCUAACACCAGCAAAUGGCUCAAUUCCAACGUUGAUCCAGUGUUUGGUUGGUGCUAUGGCUUUAUUAGAUUUUCAUGGCAAACGGCAAAAGAUAGUUUGGUUAAAAACAAUGCCGCAGAAGUUGUUUAUGAAGAUCAAGGUAAGGGGGUAGAAAAAGGCUAUCAAGAUGUGUUUGCUAUGAUAGAUAAAAAGAAAGAUAAUAGUAAGCUUAAAAGGAACUACUUUUGUAGUAGUAGUAAUGUAAACUUAUUAUAG